UCAACAAAAUUUGCUUUUUUAAACAAGAAUAAUUAUUUCUAAAAUGUCUAAGCCAGGAGAAAAGGCUCUUCAGGCAAUGUUGGAAAUGGAAAAAGCAGUAAAUGUUUUUAAAAAACCUGCUGUUCCCAAAACUAAAGUGGAGAAAAAAGUUAUUCUUACGGAGGAGAAAUACUUAGAGGAAAUGAGUAAAAUCAUACAAAGAGACUUUUUCCCGGAUUUGCAAAAACUAAAGGCACAGAAUGAAUAUCUUGAUGCACUUGCCAGCAAUGACAUCGUCAAAUUGAGACAAAUUUUUUCGAAGUACAACUCCAAAUCUCCACUGCUCAGAGAACCAAGUCCUGCUACGUUCGAAACUCCACUGCCAAGUGCAUCACUGCACACUGAGGAACCCCGUUCUACUCGGUCUAACGUCAGUGCCAGCUCUAGCAAAAGUUCCAGUAAAACGAUAGCGGAUAAGCAUUCGCUAGACAGCUUUCUCCACAACUACACCAGCGAAGAUAAUGACAGCUUUCAGGAAAUUAUUGAAGCAGCCGAUCGGAAAAUGAGACAAAAGUUUUCUGUAUUAUAUGCAGCGGAAGACAGCAGCAAAGAAAGUCUUAUGCAGAGCUUAACAUUGCCUAGCAUAGAAAACCAGUUCGAUGAAAAGGAAAAGCCUAAGAAAUUGGACAUGUGGACAUAUAGAAAUAAAAACUACAUUAUGUAUAUUCCUGAUGGCGUCGAUAGGAGCAGAGAAGAAGAGAUCGAACUGGUUAAUAAAAAACAAGAGAUUGUUCAUAACAAUACCCGGCUUAAAACUAAUCCUUUUAACGAACGGGAAAGCAAGCAGGCCAUUACAGAAGCCGCUCGAUGUCAAGCCAAGUGCCUCCCCGAAAAGAUUGGUGUGGAUGGGAAAUUGGUAGAAGCUUCACUAACGCCAGCUGUACGAGGAUUUAAUUUUGUGAAAAGUCCUUCCCCAUGUCCUGGUGUUACAGACAGCCCGCUGUUCACAUGGGGUGAAAUUGAGGGUACCCCCUUCCGUCUAGAUGCCGCAGAUACGCCUCUACAUCCAGCCUCGUCCGGACCAUCGUUCCGUAUCGCAGAAACGUCCAAACGAGAAGCUCUAGGAUUGCAGUUAGCGGAGAAGGCAGCCGAAAAAUCACGCUCGAAGAAGGCUAAAGCAAUUGAGGCGGCUCGUCGAAAUAUUGCUUCACCAAUGAUUCGCAACACAUUUGACAGAAUUGCUAGCAUGUCACCCGCGGCCCGUCGACUUGCGUCCAACAAACUCGGACUUAUAAGCAGUCCCAGCCCACUGCGUUCGCCAAUAGGCUCAAACAAUUCGCUCAAGAGCCCACUUUUGAGUAGGAAACCACGACCAACACCUUCCCCAACGGCUAUCGUAAGAAGAAAGACACCACUGAUAACAGCGCCCACCAACAAAGCAACGGAUUCGGUAGUACUAACAGAUAAUUUGCUAGACAUUCCCUCUACCGCAAAGCGUCCAAAAGCUGCAGACUUUUUCUAGUUGAAAGGAUUAUAUUGAAGGCGUAUUUUAAAGAUGAAUA